UGCGACCGUUUCAUGAAUUGGUCUAACGCAGGUCGAUAUCGCAGGAUUUUUCGAUGAUCGGUCGUUCUAACCUCACUUUCCUCCAACAAAGACGUUUUCGUGUUGCUCGGGGGCCCAAAAACUCGCCCUGAGGCAAAAUAGACUGCGGAAAAUCAUGUGCGGAGGUUGCUGGAAAAAUAGGACUAGUGUUAUCGUUGUCAAAUCUGUGUUGUGCCUUUAGUAAACUUAGGACGCCUUUUUGAUAUCUGUGGAUUUCAAGAUGCUGGUUCAAUGCCUUCAGAGUGCACAUUAGGACCCCCCCUAUGAGCCCCUUUCAUCAGCGGGAAUGGCCGCAUCAGCACCCCUACCACCGCAUCGCUGUUGCACCGCCCUACUAGCCCCACCUGCCGUCCCCAGUCGCCAUGUUCGGUUGUAGCGCGCACGCAGUCUGUCCGAAAUGUCAGCACGAGUUCGAGUGUUGCAACGGCGGUCCGCGCAGGUGGUUCAGCGGAGGCGGGAUCAUCUCGAUGAACGACCCGCCCCUUUUUCCCACGCCGGAGGCGGCGUCUCCCAGCGUACCGCUCGCAUUCGUACUGCCCCCGUUUACAACAGGGGCCGCGCAGCAGCUUGUGCCCUUGCAGCCUGUACCGCCCCCGCCGCCGCAGGAAGCGGACACAGAGUUUCAAAGGUUAUCAGACAUCGUUCGGGAUCUGCGCCAAUCCGGCUGGUACUACGAGGGCCUGGGUCACUCCGAGAGCGACGAGUUACUGAAGGGCACCCCACACGGCACCUUCCUGGUGAGGGACUCGUCGGACCCCCGGUUUCUGUUCUCCCUGAGCAUAUCGACGGAUAGAGGUCCCUCCUCGGUUAGGUUGCACUACAUCCGGGGUUACUUCAGGCUCGACGCCCAGUCGCAUUUGCUGUCCGCGAUGCCUUUGUUCCCCUCGGUCAUCCAUCUGGUCGAGCAUUAUGUCAGGCAGAGCAAGUAUUGUCUCCUCAACCCACAUGUAUGGGUAGACGGCCUGGGAAAAUGGUACUCCCCGAUCUACAUAAGCAAGCCAUUGCGCAAGCGCGAAGGCAUCCCCUCCUUGAAACACCUGGCUCGCAUGGCCGCAAACCAGGUGGUACGUGAAGGUGGCUGCAAGUCAGCUACAGCUGCCCACGAGCUGCCCGCAUCUUUGCGCGCCUACCUGGACGAGUACCCAUUUACGCUCUGAUCUUGAUUGGUAGUACCGAAAUAUUAGGAUGUUUGUCAGGGUACGUUGUGUAGACCAACGUGGAUAUUGGGAUGUAUCGGAUGUUUGUACGGCUGAUGAGAACGCAAAGGCGUUUGUCGCUUGAUUUCGAGAGCGGAAAAGUCCUUUGCGCCCGACAUAUUUUAACACCUAAUAUGAAUUUAAAAAAUGUUUUCGCUUUUUCGUGGAAAUAUUCCUAUAUUCAUGUUUUAAGCAUCAGCUUGUGACGUCCGAACUGACUGGGGCUAAGACCAUAUACUUAAUACUAUUACACCAUGUGUUGUGUCGCUGCUUCAAUAUUUCUUGAACUGUAUACACAGUGUUCCGAACGUUGGGGCUUUCCUUUUCAGCAAUAACUACGUUUGCUAUAACAAAGUAAAAUUUCGACGUAAACGUAAAAAAUGAAAUUGAAGAUUAUUAUUCAUUUCAUAAAAAAUGUCAAGUUUCGCUUUUCAAUUGUUGCUCGUAAAUACUGUUCGAAGUAGUUAUCCAUCGAUUAAAAACCACAAGUUUGUUAUCAUCUUUCUCAAUUUAAGAACAUCUCUAGGUCUUCUACCUACAAACGGUCUUUGUACGAUAUAAAUAAAUCUAUACUGUUCGGGAUGGAAACAUCCAGGAAAACGAUCUGAAUACACUCGCAAAGUAUCAGUAGCAUUGUGAAGACACUCUUCGUAAGGUAACAUCAAAUCGAUAACUCCUUUGUUGCCAAUUUCAGCUUGUUCAAAUACUAUUUGUAAAUAAACAGCUAAGUUAACCUACACUCCGAGUGGCGCCUGAUUUGGAUACUGUCGCACGUCGUGCCCUUUCAGUCUGGAUACAGGAUCGAGAUGGCCAACUUAGGACUUUUCGGAACUAAGUAUAAGACGUCUAUAAAUUAAGUGAUUGAUUUUCUAAUUUUUUUUCAAUCAAAUAUAAUUUCAACUUUAUAUUGUCACCAUCAAAAUAACUUCCUUCUGAAACCACUCAGCGCUGGAGACGGUUCUUCUACUCCUUAUAGCAGUGCUGGGACUUUGAUACUGGAAUGCCUCCGACUGAACCAGAAUGGGUUCCCUUGAGGAGAUUUUUGAACUUUGGAAAAAGGCAAAAGUCACAAGGACUCAAAUCAGGCGAAUAAGGGGGCUGAAGAGCCUCAGGAAUGUUUUUACUGGCCAAAAGCUCGUUUAUUAACAAUGAUGUGUGGGAAGGAGCAUUGUCGUGAUGCAACACCCAGUCGUUCUUGAUCUGAUGAACGGUGGUAUGAGGCAAAUUUUAUUCUUCCCAGAUCAUUCUGACAUGAUUCCGGAUUCUGUCGAAUCGACUAUCUCCCUUCUGAAAAUGCCUUAAGCCACCGAAAGACCUGGGCUCUAGACAAAACACUAUCUCCGUAGGCCUGUUUGGCCCAAGUCUGAAACAAAACCUGACAACAAACCGUUGCUCGAAAUUGAUGUCACUCAUUCUUAGAACACAAAAAUAUUGUUACGGACUACCAAAUGACUCGAUCGAGUUCAAACUUGUACUGAAGGCGGAUCACAUGCUCCCCUUCAGCCCAGUGUUGCCAGAUCGAACGCUACGUUGCCAGUCACAUCACUUAAUUUACAGACCUCUUGUUACUGGGAAAACUUCAACCUAUACACUGUGUAAAUUAAACUCCUAACUUUGAAAACACCUUGUAUUUUGCCCAUCCUGACAAUUUUUAGAGAGUUGAGACGGGUUUUAGCGCUGUUGCAACAUCUUCCCUGACAUGGGAAGAAUUCGCGUAAUUAUUGAUGCAUCCGCCUGGUACAUGUAGUAUUAAGUACAUGGUCAAAACAACGUACCCCCUACCUUGCGGGGUUGAUACGCCUAUGUACAACCGAAGACUGCCACUACUCCUCACUAUAAUAUCUUAAAUUAUCUAUAGGCCAUUUCCUUGAACAUAUGUCAACAUCCUCAAUGGAUAAAACACAAAGUCUGUUAGAUUUUCCAUACACAAAAACGGAUCAGCGAUUUUUGAAUCUCGGAGUCUAAUUCUUGAAAUGGAGUCCUCAGUCUUAACCUAAAGGUGGAGUCACAUUUACGACACCAACUCAAAGUCGUGCGCUCAUGGAUGUUGCUUGAGUGUGUCGAGGUUUUGGCUUCCUCCCAGUAUAACCAUCGAAUACAUGAUUUCGAGAAUUGGAUACCUUGACUCGUACGGAUACAAAAUAUUGAGGUGCCUUAUUUUGCAUAGAUCUGCCGUUUUAGUUGGUCAAAAAUAGUAAUCUCAAAAAGGCAUUUUUAUAUUAGUUUUGCUUUGAUUGUUGCAAAACAAGCUUGUACGGUAAUCCUGCUGUAUCUGGAUAUGAUGAACCCUACCCUGGUGGUGCCUGCCGUAUUUCAUCAUAAUGGGUAGCGUCUUGAUAUAUUAAUAAACAACUAGAAGCAAUUGUUGAUCAUUCACUUCUAUGAUUUUAUGAUAAAACCAAGCAUGUGGUACUAGAACAAUCUAACUGGCUUAAUGGUACUCCCCCCUAAUGAACAAAUUGGCCCAACAUUUUCCUUCGCCGUCAGUUGGUACCAUAUACAUACCAACUUCAGGGAACACCAACAAAGUAUUCUAAAAUUAGCUGGUAAGCAAAAUGUAUAUUACCAAUACUGAACCACCAUUUGUUAAUCUUUUGGCUGUUUUUGAUUAUAUUUGGGAGAACUAGUUGAAACAAUCAUAUACAAUCUUCGUGCCUGUCAUACUUGCUCUCUGUGCCUAUUCUGCGAUUUGUUUCAUAUUAUAUAUAGGAAAGUUUGCACGCCACCUAGCUUAAAUUAGACUUAGACGAAACUUCAUGUUUUAGAAACUAACGGGUGAUCCAUUUAGAGGUACUCUUUCCACAACAAAAAUACAAAAACAAUAAACACUAUACUAAAUAAUAUUACUUCAGGAAACCGACCUCAUUAAAUUAAGAUAUUUACAAACACAUGGCGGGGUUGAAAGUGCAUUAAUAUACCUACUAUCAUUAAACAAUUGCAAUUCCUCCCAAUCACCUACAACCCCCAGCCACCAAUUUUCCACCCCUCAAAAUUUUGUCAAAAAUGAUCAGAGUCCUUUGAAACGUCCAAGUUUGAGGGAUUUUUUUUCGUUCUUGGUAUUUUUCUUCGAUUUUCAAAACCUACAAAUCUUUUUCGUCCUUGGCAUAGUAGUAACGUUGUUUGAAUAUUUCAUCCAAAUCCAAGCAGUACUUUCCAAGUUACAGACGGGCCAAGGAUUUGCGGAAAGAGUGACAUGGUUUUGCAUGAUAUUAUACAUGUCAUAUAUAGCAUCCAAAAACAUAUUUCAUUUUCAAAACUUUUCUUUGAAAUGCAUUUGUUAUUUGAAGUUCAAGCCAAUGACACUACUUGCAAGAUAUACGGUGAAACCAUGGCCAUCUAGAUCGUAUGUUGUCACAUCUCCAGACAUUUCACUCAAAAGGAGGAAAUUGGAAUUCCAGUAGACCGCUUUAUUAAAAACAAAUGCCCUCGAUUUUUUUUAUUUGAUAAUAACGUGACACAUACUUUGGAAAAAUACUUCUAAAUAAAACACCCAUUAUUGUCAUGUCAAAAUUUGUGAAAACAAAUGCUAUCGAAGGUAUAAAGAUCUGGUUAUGCCACAAAGGUGAUUAGCAGCGUCUGUACUAUAUCUACGUCGUUUUUUCGAAUUUUGUGCAGCUAUGCUAUUAUUCUGAAUACUGUAUGUAAUCUAUUUGUAUUUAUUUUUGCAACUGCAAGGGCAAUAAAUAUGUGAAUACAUAGCAAUAAUAUUCGUAAUAUUUGUAUUCUAGUUCUCCCAAAUUUACCAAUAUUAUUUUGAAUAAGCAAGUGUAGCUACAUAAAGUAGGCCAUAUUGGCUGAAGGAUAUUCAAUAUUGUAUAGCAUUUUUCGAUUUCUUAUAUAGGGACUUAUACAUGUUCGACAUUUUAUUUAGUUUAAUAUCAACUUGUCUGAAUCGUUUGCAAUUUUUAGCAAAUAAUAACAAUGCUGCCUUACAAGCAACAAACAUAUGUAUAAGAUCCCUAAGCUUUCUAGAAUACCAACAUCAAUGUAUAUAGUGUGCCUAAAUUACUUGUAUGCUCUAAGUAUAUUUUCGUAUCUAUAAGAUACUUAUUGAUUUUUUUUGUCCAUACCCAUAUUUAUAAAAAUCUUCUACAAAAUUUCAACUUCAAAGUAAAUUCUUGUAAAACUGUAGAUCUGUAUGUAGUGAUUUUAAUUUUAAUAAAAUAAUCGCAGCCCAACAAAAUGAAAAAGAAGAUUUGGUGCCGAAGAAGUAACAACUGAUUUUACAUAUCUCUGAUAUGCUGGUUUCAUUUUCACGUUCUUGCAGUUUUUGAGAUAUAAGUGGUUUAUUAUUUGAAAACGUGCAAAAUGUGUCAUCUUCAACCCCGAAAAUAUAAAACAGAAUUUCAAUGUUGCUGAGCGUAAACCUUUGUUUUUAAUUGCUGAUAAUUGACUUAUUACGUCAAUGAUGUUUAUUAAAUUGUGAAUGAACUUGCAUCUCAAUGUUUGCGUUUCAUUCACCAUUUAAUAAACAUCAUUGACAGGAUAAGUCAGUUAUAGGCUAUAAAAACAAAGGUUUAUAAUAACAAUACCCUCUUAAAUGCUGUGUGAUUUUGUUAAUGGGUAUGUGAAGGAUAUUUUGGAACUAUGAAAAUGAAAUUGUCGUGUUUUCAUAUUGUUUAAAAUUGCAUAUUUUCCACUUUUUUAAAUACUAAAUGCUUAUAAUCUGGAAAGUAGAGUUGCGAAAAAUCAGCGCAUACAAUGCUGAAAUUCACUUCUUACUUCUUCAGCACCACAAUCGCUGUUGGGAUGUGAAAUAAUUGACUAUAAUUGAGGCCAUGUUGAUAUCCCAGUGAAUUCUAAAUGGAAUCUGGUUCCAUUGAAUAAAUCUAGCAAUUUCAGAGAAAUUGCGUUUUCGUUUGGCCCCAAUAUUACGAGGAAGCGAAUAUUGCAGUUUAGUUGCAGUUUUUGACAAUCACUACUAUGUAUAUGAUAAUUCCAUUAAAUGUGUCCUUAUUUCAUUUAUGCCAAAAGCAUUUCGCAUUUUAGGAGACCUAUACUAGACAUCCUUCACAAAGAACCACGCACUUUACUUAUGGAAAUCAGAAUUCCGUUAAGUUGGCGGAAUUUCAGAUAUGUUGCAUUUAUCUCAUCGACCUGAACAAAUGUCUCAAUGGGUACAACCUCUUCAACCCUAAGGUAUGCGAGAUAAAAACGGUUAAAGUUGAAUUAUCGUAGAUUGUAAAGUGCAUAGUGCAUUCACCAUUUUUUGAGGUCAGGUACACCGUCGACCAGAGAUGAUGGGGAACUCGGAAAAGAUACAAAAACUAGGUUUAGAAAGAAUUUAACAUAAAUUUUUAUUACACAAAACGUCCAAAAUAACCUACUACCUGACAUUGGAAUAUUUACGCGAUUAUAAUAAAUGAUAAUAGACACAUUCACGAGACGGCAGUGCUAUCAACCACUUAUAUAAGUUUUCCGGUGUAGCUGAUUUAUGUUGCAAUUCAAUUCUGAGCAAAACAUUCUUAGAUUUUACAAUAUGUCAAGACAGUAUGCUGUUUUACGAUGUAAGUUGCUUGUGCUAAUAUACUUCUGUCACAAAUUUCGUGGCAUUUUGUAAAAUCUUCGCUCAAAGUUAAAUCCCAAAAUAGCUCACCGGAAAUCUGAUAUAAGUUUAUUUAUCAUUAUUGCGGAAAUAUUCCAAUGUCAGGUAACAGGUUAUUUUGGAUCUUUUUUGUCAUAAAAAUUGAUGUAAAGUUACUUAUAAACCUCGUUUUUGCACCUUUUUCUAGUUGCCGGUAUCUGGUCGAGGGUGUACGUAAUUCCAAAAAAUGGUAGAUGUGCUAUGUAAUUUAUAAUGUACUAUUUUUACUGCACAAGCCUUAUGGUUUAGGAGAUUGUGUCCGUUGAGACAUUUGUUCAGGACGGUGAGAUAUGCAACAUAUCAGAAAUUGAACCAUUUUAAAGUUAGUCCGAUUUUCAUAAAAAAAUUGCGUGGUUCUUUACGCAUUCGCAAACACGCGAUAAUGUCGAAUGCGUCAGGAAUAGGCUCUCAUACCUUUUGUAUAAUAUAGAAAAAAAAUCUAGUCCGAGAUGAUUAUUUUUUUACUAACUUCAAAUCGUGUAGAAUUAAUGUAUGGAACUUGCGCGAAUCGUGUCGGAAGAUUAACAAAUGGCAUUUUAUUUGUAACAAGUAAAUUAUAAACUUUGAAUGUAUUUAUAUAAUGAUGGAGGUGCGCGAAUGAAGUGUGAAUGAUGCUAGGUAAUUUAUAUUUAUUUCUCUAGAAAAUAUUAAAUUAUUUAUUAUUA